CUCCAAACGUCUUUCAUGACAAAGACCUGCAUCCUUUUCUUAUUUCUCUUCUUUUCACAACUCCUAUUUUGGCCAGCUGUUGUCGUUUCUUGCUGUCGGUUUUUACCACUGGUGUAAAGACAACUAAAUGCAGCGCGCUCCCAUUUGAAGACCACUCCUUAAUAAUUGUUUUAGCGUCUCUUGUGGUGCGUUUUGACACCUGUGGAUACGAACAGGCUACUGUUGGUACUUUUAUUUGUGAUUUCUCAACCUAAGUUUUGCCAAUUUGUCCGCGUAGCCGUUCUCCGCGUGAUUGACAGCUGCGGCAGCCACUGAGCGCACGUGAAAGUGUGUGUACGCCGCCGUCGCCACGGUUACAGGCCGACAUUCCAAAGGCCUGGAAACAGAGGGGCGGGCCACGGGUUAAGCAUGGGUGUGUGCACGUUAAAACAGCUAUUCACGGCAAGAAAAAAAAGUUUUAAGCAACCCACACGAACUGAGAAAAAAGCACGCGUUUCUCAGUGCCAAGUGAAAAACACGCCGCUGUCGUUCUCUCUUACUGGCGACCACUAUUCUACCUAACUUUGCUAGCAUGCACAGCUAACUAAGCUAACGGUAGCGCGUCUGCUAAUCUCAGCUAACUGUUGCUCAGUGAAUGUCGUAGACUAUUAAAACAAAGUCUAACACAAAUGAAAGCUAUUAUGUUGGUAAAAAGAGAGUAUUAAUUUCAAAGUUAAAAGUUGUACAGAUGUCCCACAGCGUUUACAGGUAGGUCUGUUUACCUGAACCUCUGAUCCGGCAGCUCCUCCUGUACAGGUGUGGCUGUAUCUGGCUCCUCCCCUUUACCUGCUAAUUAUCAACAACACCGCCACACAUAGGCCAGAAAAAGCAUGCUGGAUAUGACUAGUAGAGUUUCAAGUAGAGAUAACAGAAGUAUAUAGUCAGUAUAUAGUUAAGGUGGCAAAACAUCUCACACAUGUCCGUGUUCUCUUCUUUUGUGGCUCAGGUAACUUUUCUGGAGUGACACCAGGAUGGCAGGGCUAGCACGGCUGUGCCAAAACUGAGGCCAGGCUCUCACCCAUCUGCUGCAUUUUGAACCGCUCCUCGCUUUUUCGUAGCAGCGUGACAGCAGACAAGAGGACCGACACUGGAUAUGCAUCGCGUUCGUGCUUGAGCAGAGCCUGGGGACUUAUAAUGAGAAAGUGAAGUUCACUGAAUCAAUGGACAAGAGAAAGUAUCCUGGCACAAUGUCCAGGCAAAUGGAUGCGUCAUCCAAGAGGCGCCCGUGUGGUGGAAGUGGACUGAACUUCCACCAGCCUUCCCAGCCCUCCUCCUCGUCCUCCCAGCAGGGCCGUAUCCGGGCUGUGGAGGUGGCACGAGGGAGAACGGGUUAUGGUUUCACACUGUCAGGCCAAAGCCCUUGUGUCCUCAGUUGCAUCCUGAAAGGGAGCCCUGCAGACUAUGUGGGGUUGCGUUCAGGUGACUACAUCCUCUCCGUCAACGACAUCAAUGUCUCCAAGGCUUCUCAUGAAGAUGUGGUCAAAUUAAUCGGACGCUGCUCGGGUGUCCUGAAACUAGUCAUUGGAGAAGGAGAGCGUCACAGGCGGCCCCACCACCACCACCAGCGCUCCGCUGGCAGUCGUCAUCACAGCAGCAACACGAUGGCAGCAUCUUACCUGGACUCCUGCUCUAGUGAUGAUGAGUUGGACGGUUUCUAUGACAACAGCAUUAACAACAACAAUAACAGCAGGUCAGGCGGUGGGGCUCGCGGAGGCUGGUACAAACCCAAAAUGGAUUCCAAACAGCUGGGCAUCAACAGGGCAGAGAAGGUGGUGGCAGAGCUGCAGUCUGGGGGAAUUUUUAACAUGAUCUUCGAGAACUCCAGUCACUCCUCCAGCAGCUCGGACAAGGAGAGGCCCGGGGUUACGUCAUCAUCAAAGCCACGCCCGCUCUCGGAUCCAGAGUUCCCUCAAUAUCGGAGCACCUCUCGUGCCCAGAGCAACCCCAACCUUCUCUCUGAGGAGGAGAUGGCCCAAGUUUUAAAUGAUGAUUCAGUCUUUCUGGAGUCAGACUUCCGCCAUCUUCACCUUGAGGAGCAGGACGUGGACGUAGGGGACGGAGGCGACUUGGGCCUCGAGCCCAGCGAGGGUAUCCUCAAUGUGGGAAUGAUCGUUGGCUAUCUGGGCUCCAUAGAGCUUGCCUCCGCAGGGACCAACCUGGAGAGUGACAGUCUGCAAGCCAUCCGAGGGAGCAUGAGACGCCUGAGGGCGGAGCAAAAGAUACAUUCACUGGUCCUCAUGAAGGUCAUGCAUGACAGUGUGCGUUUGUGCAGCGACAGAGGUCAGGUCCUGGCCACCUACCCUGCAGAAAAACUAGCUUUCAGUGCUUGUUGUCCUGAUGACCGCCGAUUCUUUGGACUGGUCACGAUGCAAGCCACAGAUGACCAGGACGAUCACCACUACAGUAACGGGCGAGACGAAGAGGGCAGUUUGAGGACUUCCUGUCAUGUGUUCAUAGUUGACCCAGACCUCUGUCACCACCAGGUCCAUAUGGGGGUCGCUAGGAGGUUUGGCUUUGAGUGUACCCCUGACCCAGACACGGGAGGCUGCCUUGAAUUCCCUCCCAGUUCUCAGCCUCUCCUCCAGUUUGUUUCUGUCCUCUACCGGGACAUGGGAGACAACAUUGAGGGGGUUCGGGCCCGUGCUUUCCAUGAUCCAGACAACGACGCCCAACAGAACCACAGCACCAGCAGCAACAGCGACAGCGGGAUCGGCAACUUUUUACCAGAAGAGAAGAGCAACAGAGUUCUUUUAGUUGACCUCGGAGGUCCUCCCAAUCACAACCACAUCUCUGGUCCACGACACUGGGACAGCCCACCCUCGUCCCAGCAGGCCUGGAGCCCGACGCUAGGAGUUGCAGCCUCUCUUCCCCCUCCUCCGCCUCCUCCUCCUCCUCCGGCGUUAAGAAAUGGCCACUACCGUCACGACCCACACCUGGCUGACCUCCCUCACCCUCUCCCCUUAUCUCACCCCGAUGUCCCUGGCAGGCAUUCAAGAGGGGUCCACCCACACCACUACUCGUCAGGGAAGCGGGGAGGAGCCGUUGGGGGAGGAGAAUGGAGAGGCGCUGUAGGGGUGGAACCACAGCGGUGGCUGCCAGUCCAUGUGCUGAGAGACUGGCGUCAGCAGCACCACCACCACCACAGCCACAUCCAGGGCCUGAGCAGCGAUCAGGAGUCCUACGCCGAGUCCACUGACGGAUGGUCCUCAGCCAACUGCAGCACCCUGCCCCCACCCAUGAAUAAGAUCCCGGCCGACCGAUACCGGGCCCCACUGGCCCCUGGGGAUCCCCUGCCACCACCUGGAGGGAGCCAACCUCCUCCCCCCUCACAUCCCCACUCCCAUCGGCUGGCUGCUCAGAAAGAUGAGUGGGCUAAGAAGUUGUUCGGUGCAGGAGACAGAGAACGUGCUGGAGCGGCGAGAAGUGAAAGAGAGAAGAAACGAGGAGGGAACGCCAAAGAAGGAGAGAAAAAGGGUGGUCGGUUCCGUGGUCUGACCAUGGGGUUCCCUCCCCUCGCCCAGCGCUCCUCAGCCAGACGCUCCUUCGGACGCUCCAAACGUCUCAGCCUGGCCCGCUCCCUGGAUGACCUGGAGUCUGCUGCAGUCUCUGAUGGAGAACUGAACAGCGUGGAGCUGCAGGGCUGCAGCAGUGACAAUAGUCUGAACAGUAAUGCCAGCCUCCCCAGCGUCCAGAGCCACAGGCGCCACACUGAGAGGAGAGUGGCCAGCUGGGCCGUCUGCUUUGAGAGACUGCUGCAGGACCCCGUGGGAGUUCGCUACUUCUCGGAAUUCCUAAAGAAAGAGUUCAGUGAGGAGAAUAUUCUGUUCUGGCAGGCUUGUGAGUUCUUCAGGCAUGUCCCCGAGAAUGACAACAAGCAGCUCUCUCAGCGAGCCAGGGAGAUCUACAACAGCUUCUUGUCCAGCAAAGCUACAACACCAGUCAACAUAGACAGCCAAGCUCAGCUUGCCGACGACAUCCUCAACGCCCCGAAACCCGACAUGUUCAAGGAGCAACAGCUGCAGAUCUUCAACUUGAUGAAGUUUGACAGCUACACGAGGUUCCUCAAGUCGCUCCUGUACCAAGAGUGUAUGCUGGCUGAGGUGGAGGGCAGACCUUUACCUGACCCUUACCACAUCCCCAGCAGCCCCACCUCCAAACACAGCACCACCGGCUCCGACCGCUCCAACCUCUCCACACCCAAGAAGGAGGACAAAAAGAGCAAAUCGGGUCGAUCUUUAAAUGACGACAGUCGGGAUGAUUCAGGAGACCGGAGGAAGGGCAUGUUCUUCUCCUGGUCCCGAAACAGGAGCUUCGGGAAGGGCCCCAAGAAACGAGAACUGACAGACUUCAACUACAAUUUUUCUGGCAGCAAUGGCCGGCGGGAGUCCCAGGGUUCACUGUCUUCUGGGGCCAGUCUGGAGUUGGGGAUGUCGGGGUCAGGGAGGAAUGAGGGCGAUAUUUCUCGAGGUGCAGUGUCGGUGUCAGCAGAGCGAGCUGGGGGCAGCGCCCCCUUGAUGCAGUGUAACAUAAGCUUACCAGAUGGCUCAUGUUGCUCUGUGCCACUGAGGGCCGGAGUGUCCAUCAGGGAACUGCUGCUGGGCCUCUGUGAGAAGCUCUGCAUCAACCUGGCUGCUAUAGACCUCUUCCUGGUCGGAGGGGAGAAGCCACUUGUUUUGGACCAAGACUGCAUGACACUGUGCUCACGAGACCUCAGGCUCGAAAAACGCACUCUCUUCAGACUUGACUUGGUCCCCAUCAACCGUUCAGUGGGUCUAAAAGCCAAACCCACAAAGCCAGUGACCGAAGUCCUCAGGCCAGUUGUGGCCAAAUAUGGCCUGCACCUCUCAGAUCUGGUGGCACACAUUAGUGGAGAGACUGAGCCAUUAGAUCUAGGGCUUCCUAUCUCCAACCUGGACGGGCUGCGGGUUGUAUUGGAUAUUGCAGAAAAUGCAUCUGGAAAAGCAGACAAACCGAAAGUGGCUCCGUCUAAGACUCACCUUCCUGCCUCCACCAGCAGAAGCCAAUCAGCAACAGGGGAGGACAGGCCAUCAGGGAAACACGCUGCGGCUCAGCCCUAUAGGGAACACGUCAAGGCUGGGCCCAGCCCUGACACAGGCGGCCAGCCCUUACCCAACCACUCUGUCUCUCUCCAUAAGGCUCCGGAGAAACGAAAGCAGAAAAAGAUUAAUAUAGACGAAGCUGAAGAGUUCUUCGACCUCAUAUCCAAAGCUCAGAGCAACCGAGCAGACGACCAGCGAGGCCUGCUAAACAAAAGCGACCUGCAGCUCCCAGACUUUCUGCGCCUGUCACCAGUGGCAACCAAUCAGACCGGGCCUCCUCCCUACGAACCCGAGCCCAGUUGCUCCACCCCUAAUUCCCGUAACCCCAACAACGGCAGCUUCCCUAGCGGCGGUCGCCGGGGCAAUAAGGCGAACAGCAACGACAGGGGAGGAGGAGGAGGCGGCUCCCACUUGCUCAACGUGAGCCAUCAGUCCCAGAGCUUGGACUCUGCUCUGGGCACUGAGAGCGGAGGUGGGAGGAAAGCCAGACCACCUCCUCCAUUUCCUGGCUCCAUCUCCCCCAUCCACCCAUCCCAGGGCACCCAGCGUGGUCUCCUCCAGGACUCUGGCAGGGGAGAUUCGGUCCAGAUGCUGGAGGAGGACACCCUUUCUGAUCUGACUCUUGUGGGAGAGGGGGACAUUAACAGCCCCAGUCUCAACUACAUCACCCCCUCAGCCCUAUCGUGCAAGCCCCUACCCCGACCCCAACAUCAAGCACAGGAUGGUCGGCCUAGCUCAGGUACUUCCCCCAUGUGAACUCUUGAAACUUUUGAACUUUCACCUUUCCCUUCUCCUGACUGCGAGGGGGACUGAAGGCCCGCUGAAGUCAGUCUGAAGUCAUUGUUGGGCCAAAAUGCAUCUAGAUCUCCUCCCUUUCUUCCACUCAACAUAGUAAUAGAUCAUCUUCAAGUUUAAUCGAUCACUUUAAGCUGUUUAAUGCAAGUCACAGGAACAUUUAAUCUCAGAUUCGUGUAAAAAAUACACACAACUAAUGUAAAAAAUAGAGCUUAUUGAUAUACGAUGAAUGUAGACAAACAGCAAACAGAGUGAGCUGAUAUAGCGAUGUAUGCACUACCUUGCGGCCAGCAGUGAACUGUCAAGAACAGACUUAAAAAUACAUCAGACACACGAAGAGAGGAAAAGUUAGAUGCAUUAGCCUUGGACAGACCUUGUCCCCUGUGAUUUCUCUGUGUGGUGUGUAUCUGUGUGGACUUUUUCGAGCGGACUUGCUGUGGAUUUUUAUUUUUAUUUUUUUCCUUAGACACGAAAGCUCGAGGAUGACUUGCUGAUGACAAGUGCCAAACUCUCUCCUCCAGCCGUCCCAAUGUACAGAAUCUAAUGAUGCACUUUAGCCAUUCACAAACAAGACUUUACACCUUUUUAAAAAUCACUUUCCCCUGCUUUUACCUUUUUUCUUUUUUUUUUUACUUUAACCUCUCUACAUGUCUGUUUCUACAGGUGGUUGUCCUGCCCAUAAGUUCAGAAAAUAGUUGUUAUCUGCUAAAUAUCACUCUCCGCGAUGGUAUAGAGGCUCCAGGCCUGCACCCAUGUGUGCUGGCAGGCCUGACCCUAUAAAAACAAACAUAUGCUGCAGAGUCAUGGACAUUCACAUUUGCCCAGCUGUUCUUUAUAUUCUCAAGCACAGUACAUUCUGUUUGCGAAGCUGUUCUCUUACCUCAGGCGUUUCUCGUGUCACUCAUAAAAACUAGACUAUAGCAACUUCUCAUGCAUGCAGUCCAGAUGAUCCAGAAGCUUCUGCACCGACUGUAAAAGGGCAGGGUUUUUUUUUUGUUUGUUUUUCAUCUACAUUUCUUUCUCAAUCAGCUGUUCUUUGAGCCGUCUUUAACUUCAGGGUUAGAGCUGGAAAAAUUGGACAAAUGAGUCAAAACCCUCCUGUAGUAUAAUAUCAAACAUUAAUUUAUCCCUCAUCUCUUCAUUCUUACCAUCUAUCAUAUUAAAAGUAUUAAUUUGUAUAUAGUCCACCAUAUUGCUGUUGUACAAUUGCAAUGCCCUUCUCUCAGUUGUGUCACUAUAGGAAUCCUCCUCUGUUUUGUUCAGUUGACUGUACUGUCUGUAAAUAGAUCAAAUAAAUGUUUUAGGGGUUGAACUCUC